AUGCUAUUGGAUAUAAAAAAGUCUAAUCAACUAUUAUUAGAAGAUAUAAUUGAAGGUGGAGUAUCACUUACUUUUGUAGAUUCUCAAAAAUUUAAAAAGUUUGUUUAUUCUAUAAAUAAUACAUAUCAUGUUCCAGCAAGAAAACAACUUUCUAAUAAUAUUCUUGAUGAGAUUUAUUCAAAUACUAAUAUUCAUCAAGAUCAUCUUAUAAAUUUUAUGAUUAUUGAAAAAGAUAGACAAUCAGAACUUAUUAAGAUUAAAGUUAUUCAUGAAGAAAGCCAAAUAGUAAUAGUUAUUUUUAGAGAUUUGGAAAAUAUUUUAUUAUAA